AUGUGGGGGGCAGCAGCGACACAAGCACUUGGGAAUAUAGUGACACCGGCAGUACAAGUUGGGAAUGGCAUAGUAGGAUGUUUGAGGAGUAAAUAUGAUUAUGUAAGAAAUCUCAGUGAAAACAUUGCUAAGCUUGAACGAGAAGAAAGAUAUCUCUCCAGUAAAGAGGCAGAUAUAAUAACAAUGUUGAACAGGAAAGACCAAGUGAUGGAGAGGACACGUGAAUGCACAACCUGGCUUGAUGAGGUUCAGGAAAUGAAAGACAAACUCCAACAACUAAGGAACAGGUACCAGAAUAUCAGCAGAUGCUUUUGUGGAAUUUGUCCAAUUCAUAAUCUCCUAAAGCUUGGCAAAACUAUAGUGAAAAAGACACAGGAGAUAAUUGCUCUAAAGAGUCGAGCAGACCAAAUAAAUAUAAUGAUUGAAAGGGAACCAACGCCACCGGUCCCAAUAAUAAGGAAGCAUACUGAGAAGAUAGAUAAUGUGCCAUCACUAAAUGAGCACGUCGAAAGACUACUAAAGCUGCUGAAAGAUGAUAAUUUGAAGAGAGUUGGUGUAUGGGGGCUACCAGGAGUGGGCAAAACAACGGUAAUGGAAAACCUGAACAACAAAGUCCGAGAUACUCAACUGUUUGACAAUGUCUUUUGGGUAACUCUUUCAAAAGGGGGGAGUGUGAGAAAGAUACAACUAAUAAUUUUAGAGCAGCUAAAACUUGAGGUGAAAGGGAUUCAUGACAGUAAUCGAAUAGCAGACAUGAUAUCUGAAGUGUUGGUUAACAAGAGAUAUCUGUUGCUUCUUGAUGAGGUUUUCGUAGAGAUUAAUCUGAAAGAAGUUGGCAUUCAUGAUGACCAUGAACAUGGAGCAGUGGUAUUUGCAUAUAGAGAUAGAGAUUUUUGUCGUUUAAUGGAUGAUCAUAUUAAGAUUGAAAGAUUAUCCAAUGAUGAUGCAAAAAACUUGUUCCAAAAAAUAGUGGGAGAUAUCAUAGAUCGACCGAGCUACAAGAAAAUUGCAGACAGAUUACUCAAGGAGUGCGGUGGGAUGCCUCAAGUGAUCAAGUUAAUAGCAGAUAGCUUGAGAAAUGAGGAUGAUCCAGCUGUGUGGCGGCAUCUAUUAUCUGAUAUGCAAUCACCAGGCACGGAACCAGUGCAAGAAAUGCAAGAACUUUACAAGGCAUUUAAACUUAUUUAUGACAAGUUACCUGUGGAUAAGAAGCCUUGCCUACUGUAUUGGGCAUUGUUCCCCCCAGAGUAUGAAGUUUACCAGGAGUACCUAAUUGAGUGCUGGAAAGCUGAACAAUUUAUUGUUGAAGUUAGAAAGCUUGGAGAUGCCCGUGACAAAGGACAUGCCAUAAUAAGGGACUUUGAAAAGAAAUCUUUGUUAGAAAGGGGUAGCAAAGCAGGACACUUUAAGAUGCCCCUAUUUCUUCGACGCAUGGCUCUAAAGAUUACAUACCAGGAAGAGAAGGAUUCAAAGUUCUUGUUAAUUGAUGGUGAAGAGAUAGAAGAACAGCUGUCAGAGGAAGAAUGGGAAGACGUGCAAAGGGUCUCAUUGAUUGGCCAAAAAUUAUGUAAUCUACCCAAUAGGCCUACUUGUAGUAAAAUAUCAACAUUACUACUACAAAAAAAUCCAAGCUUGACUAAAAUUCCGGAAUCAUUCUUUGAAUCCAUGUGUGGCCUUAAAGUUCUAGAUCUGUAUGAUACAAGGAUCAUAUCACUGCCAUCAUCUAUUUCCAACUUGAUAAACCUAAGGGUGAUGUAUUUGAACAAUUGUGGCGAAUUAGCGGAGCUGCCUCCUCAGGUAGAGGAACUAAAGAGUCUUGAAAUCCUUGAUCUACGCAGCACAGGAAUUCUCACCUUACCUGAAGAGCUUGCACAAUUGACUGGUUUGAAGUGUCUAAGAGUUUCAUUUAAGCAGAAUUUUGGUUGUCCCAACCACAUCAAUGGCCAACCAAAAGAGCUGAUUCCUUCUAAUGUAAUUGCAAGUCUUUCUUCAUUACAAGAGUUGAGUAUUGAUGUGGACUUCAAAAACCAAAGUUGGAACCAGAUUGUAGAUAGAGUUGCUGAGGAAGUUGCUAGUUUGAAGGCAUUGACAAGUCUUUGUUUCUACUUUCCAAGACUCAGUUGCUUUGAAACUUUCAUUGAGAACUGCAUAUCAUGGAAAAGAAAUAGCAUGGGGUGGGAAGGUAAUGGCUUUAGGUCAUUCAGAAUCCUAGUUGGCAAUCACAAGGCAGACACUUUUCUUGGAUUUGAUUUUUUUGGAUACACAGCUGAAAGGCAUUUAAGAUUUUCUGCUGGAGAAGAAGAUAUUCCUUUUGCACUUUCAAAGAUACUGAAUAAAGCUCUAAGUUUCGAACUUAUUGGUCAUCAUCGUGCUAAGAACUUAUCAGUAUUUGGUACUGAAUAUUUGAAAGAGGUGGAAGCUUGUACAAUUGAAGAAUGCAAUGAAAUAGAAAGCAUCAUUGAUGGUACCAUAGCAACUGGUGUCUUGUUCGAAUUCUUGCAAAAGCUACACCUAAUCAACCUCCCAAAACUGGUCAGUAUCUUCAGAGGCUCAAUUGACUCAAUGAGCCUCACUAAACUCACGACUUUGACACUGAAAAAGUGUCCAAAGCUAAAAUGCCUUUUACCAGGAGAUAUGAUUCAGUUACUCUGUCACUUGCAAGAUUUGCAAGUUGAGGAAUGUUUCGAGAUUAAUAAGAUCAUUGAAGAUGGAGGCAUAGUUCAAUCUGAAUCCCUUCCCAGAUUGAAGAACAUGGAACUCUACAACCUACCAAAAUUGUUAAGUGUAUGUGAGGAUAACUCCUUUGAAUGGCCCUCUUUGGAGAUUGUGAAAAUCAAGACGUGCUCAGAGCUAAAAGAUUUACCAUUCAGUGUAGAAAAUGCACCUAGAUUGAGAGUGAUUGAAUGCACAACAAACUGGUGGAACAAACUAAAUGACUCUACAAAGGAUCGCCUCAAAGACCUUCACAGCAUUACCUGAGAAACCCUUAAUGGACCUGGAGGCAGAGACCAAAAGUGGAAAUCUCUCUUCUCUCUCGGAUCAAGAGGUUUCUGUUCUGAACUACUUUGCAGUCAUAGUUUUAACUUGGACUUUAUCUUUCAGCUAGUAUCAUCAAAAGCAUGACUUAUCUUUAAGCUAGUAUCACAAGAGUCAUAUAUUAUAUGAUUUUUGUAUAUAAAUUGUUAUUGCACUUUUUGGUUUUCAGUUGCAGCUUGUGGCAUUGUAUACUUGACUUGCUUUGUGAGGAAGAUUUAACAUGGAAUAUUCUUAUGAAAGCCUAAUGUUAGUUUCUGGUAGUUUAAAUCAGUAUUUUUCUUUUUCAAUUUUGAUCCUACUCCUUUUGG